AUGGACGGAGUCCUACACCCGUCUAUGAUGCGACAUCCAGGACACACGUCCAGGAGGUUUGACGAAUUUUAUAGAUGCUAUCCUGUAGCCAUGCUCCCUGGUCCAGAACGAGAAAACGUCAACCACGGUGGAAAGGUUAUCAUGCCACCAAGUGCCCUAGACAAGCUCACACGGCUUCACAUCACAUAUCCUAUGAUAUUCGAGCUUCAUAAUCGAGUGAAAGACCGGACUACACAUGCCGGAGUUCUGGAGUUCAUUGCUGAAGAAGGAAAGAUCUAUCUGCCGUUUUGGAUUAUGCAAACACUACUCCUUGAACCCGGAGAUCUCCUGCAAAUAAAGUCAACAGACCUUCCACCAGGCCAAUAUAUAAAACUACAAGCGCAAUCAACGUCGUUCCUCGAUAUUAGUGACCCCAAAGCCGUUCUAGAAAAUGCCUUCCGCAAUUUCUCUUGCCUUUCCAAAGGGGACAUCUUCACAUUCUCGUAUAAUGAGCAAAUAUAUGAAAUGGCGGUACUCGAAACGAAACCACAACACUCAAAGAGUGCCAUAUCAGUUUUGGAAACUGAUCUCGAAGUAGAUUUUGCAACGCCUAUCGGAUACGAAGAACCGAAACGAGUCAGUGGCACCAGCACACCGCAGAGUGCAGUUGGUAGCGGUCUUCCGGCUGGCGGCAUGCUGCAUUCUCAGGGCACAAUGGCGCAGGCAAUAAAUUAUUCCGCCAUUGCCCCUGAGUCAAUGGAUGCAGCGAAGGGAGAAAAGGCUGUAUCUUCCAACUUCCUUCUCGGGGGGCAACGACUAAAUUCUAAGAAGGGCAGCAAAGGGCCAACUCCAAAAGCAUCCACUCCAGUGUCAGGCACAUCUUCUAAUGCUCCACAACUCCCGCUGCCGAAUCCAAAGACCAACGGGCCCCAACCACUCCGCUUACAGUCAGGUAAGCUGUUUUUUGGGAUAUGCCUCUCAACGGUGAGAGCGAGUCGACAGGAGCAAUAG